UUUUUUUUUACCAUUGAAUCUUGAUCUAUGUAUCCUGUCUUCCAGUUUGCCAUUGUUACUUAUAUUCUCUCUGCCGUUGUGUAUGGUAUACUAUUGUUAGCAUCCGCAUGCACAUGUCUUGUCCGUCGUUCUCGAUCCUUCUCUUGUAUGGCAUUACUCAUCAUAGCAUGCAUAGGAGGUAUCAUUGGUCGAUCAGUUAGCGUAACGGCACCGAUGGAUGACAGAGACACACUUUAUGUUUAUCCAAGCUUUAUUCUUGUUGUUUACUUCUUCGAUUACAUUCAUCUGUGGGCUCUCUAUCUCCUUCCUGUGAUCAUCAUUCAUCAAUUAAGAAAAUCAUCAUCAGACGUUCGCUUUUCAAAAGUCAUCCUUUAUCUCGGUUAUGGUUGUAUUUUGCUUGGAUUCAUUUUACUUAUUACCGCGGAAGCCAUUGCAGGUAGGAUCAACGCAACCAUGGGUGUCGGUUACAAUACAACGGAAACGAUGGUGCUCGAUGAUGACUUUCGAAAGGACUUGCUGACCAUGACGAAGACAUAUGCUAACGUUAGUGAAGCCUCUUACUUGAUUCUAUGGUUCCAUGCCUUUUCCUUUUUUUUCAUCUGUCUCUCCGGUCGCUCGCUAGGUUUGAAUGCUUUUGGUUCCUUUGUUACCUAUAAUCUCCUGAUGAUUUUACCCCUGAUCAUCCAAACUGUUGAACUUGCUCUUUAUACUAACAAUCCUACCCCAGUCUUCCAUGAAGGCAUAGUCUAUGCCAAUUUCUUUUUGUACGAUGUGGCGAUCUUCUUUGCUGUUGUUGUUGCUCUGUUCCGUUCACAUCUAUGGGUCCAUCCUAAAGAAAUCCACCAACGACAAUCAAGUGUUUAGAUUUAUUUUUAUUUUUUUUUUCUUUUAAAAUCAAUAUCUUAUAGUGUAUUCAUAUGUAUAGUAUCAAUAAUAGUAAUAAUAACUAAUCCAUGACUAUAAUUCGUAUGUAAAAGUCUUGAUUUUGUAUUGGAUUCUUUCAAUGUUCAUCCAUUCACCUUGUUUG